AUGGCAUCUUCCACCAACCUCUCUGCAACCCUUCUCAUCUUCUCAGUUCUUCUCUACUCUUCAACACUCUCCACUGCUUGCGGGACAUAUGCAUGCAGACCUGCACCAGAACCACCAAAACCACCACCUACACCGCCACCAUGCCCAACACCCCCUACACCGGCACCUACAUCAAUUACACCAGAAGCUGCAUCACCAACAUUGGCACCAACACCAGCACUUGCACCAUCGACACUGGCACCACCAAUAGCAUCGCCAGCACUAGCACCAUCAACACAGGCACCACCAAUAGCAUCGCCAGCACUAGCACCAUCAACACAGGCACCAACACCAGCACUGGCACCGUCGUCAGUAGCACCAACACCAAUAAUACCAGCACCAGCUCUAGCACCACCAACACUAGAACUCACACCAAUAACACCAACACCAGUUGCAUCAGCAUUAGCACUAUUAACGCCGACACCAACACCAAUGAUACCAGCACCAGCACCAGCACCAGCAACCCUAACACCCGAACCAAUGCCAAUAACACCAGCACCAUCACCUCUAACACCGGCCCCGACACCAAUAAUAUUAGCACCACCAUCACUAGCACCAUGUCCAUCACCUAUUACACCAGCGCUAUCACCAAUAACACCAGCACCAGUUUCGGGAACUUGCCCGAGAGACACGUUGAAGUUAGGGGUUUGUGCAAACCUUCUGGGGCUUGUGAACCUUCAAAUUGGAUCUCCAUUAACCAGUCCAUGCUGUUCACUACUUGAGGGCUUGGCUGAUUCAGAAGCCGCCGUUUGUCUAUGCACCGCGCUUAAGGCCAAUGUGCUUGGUAUUAACUUGGACGUGCCAAUUGCUUUGAGCCUGCUUGUUGGUGCUUGCCAGAAAACUAUCCCUCCUGGUUUUGAAUGCACAUAAA